AUGACAUCGCAAGCAAAGGACUUCCUUGACCCGUACACCGCUGCAGCCGAAAAUGACGAGAUUACCCCCCAGAAGAAGAUUGACGGCCUCUACGAGAUUAUAAAGGCCACACAUAUGUGCAUGCUCGUCACUCGCGCUCCAGACGGCCAUCUCCACUCCAGGUGCAUGACCGCAUCCAGCACAGAGGGCCUCCAGUUCCUCUUCCUGGCAAACAACGUCUCCUACAAGUUUGAGGAAAUCUCUGCAGACAGUCACGUCAAUCUCUCGUUUGUGGACACGAAAACGACGAAUUGGGCGUCGGUCGCAGGCACUGCCAGUGUCAGCCGUGACCCAGAACUCAUCAAGAAGCUCUGGAGUCCCUAUGUCGCAGGGUACUUUUCCGAUCUUGGAGAUGGCGUUCAUAAGGGAGACGCGAAUGAUCCACGGGUGAGUAUCAUCAAGGUGGUUCCGACAGAGAUUCGCUAUUGGGUGGCGACAAGCGGUGCCGUUGGCCGAGCUAUGGAGCAUGCCAAGGGUGCUAUCACCGGAAAGCUCACUGCACCUGGCGAGAUCAGAACCAUUACGCCAGAAGAGCUCCAGCUUGUAUUUGGUCUGAACAAGCAAGCAUAA